AUGGAAAAACAAACAACUAUAUUAAAAGAUUCUAUCAGAGAAGAAAUAGACCUGAAAUUGAAACCAUUAGUGGAAGAAAACCUCCAUCUAAAAAAUGAAGUGGAGAAAUUGAAUGAGAUGGUGAAACGUCUGGAAUAUGGGAAAAGAGAGAAUAAUUUGAUUUUCUAUGGCUAUGAGGAGUCCACAGAGGAAAAAAACACUAACAUAGUUAAAAUGGAUGUGGCAUUAAGAAGACAAUUUGUUGGAAUAUUCUAUAACGAUAUGUACAAAAAAUACCCUGAAGAAAAAGUAGUAGGUCUAUACAGAAUGACAUCGCCUACUCUGCUAAUACGUGAUUUAGACAUAGCGAAACAAGUUUUAGUUAAAGAUUUUGAAGCUUUCUCCGAUCGUGCGACUUACUUUAGCAAAGAAGGCUUAGGAGAGAAUUUGUUCCAUGCCGAUGCUGAAACGUGGAAAUUUCUAAGGCAUCAAUUCUCUUCAGCAUUCACAACUACUAAGAUUAAGGCCAUGUAUGGUGGGUUAGCAGUUUGUGGUGAUAAUUUAGUUGAUUAUAUUGAAGAUAUUUCCAUGAAGAAACCCGAACAGGAUGUUUAUAAAUUGGUAUUUAAAUACAGCAUAGGGACAAUAAUGUCUGCUGCCUUCGGUUUUAAUAUUGAUACAUUUAACAACGAUAUGAGGUUAUUCGAAAUUGUUGAUGAAAAGUUUAACAAUACUUAUUACAACGAAAUGGAUAUGUUAAUACCUGGAUUCUUACAGAAAUUUAAUUUGUCACUUUUUCCUGAAGAAACGAUUAGCUUCUGUCAUCAGAUUAUUGAAACUGGUAUGAAACAACAGUCAAGUACCAAAAGUGAGGGAAAAUCUAUGAUGGAUAUUAUUUUAAAUUUGAAUAAGGAAAGUGAAAUAUAUGACGUUAAUCAAAAAUUUGUUAACGAUAAGGAGCUACCAACAGACAGUUCAAAGGCCCUAAAAGCUGCACAAGCUUGGGUGCUUUUUACAGCCGGAUACGCAAAUAUUACAUUGUCAGUGACGUACGUAAUGUACGAAUUGGCUCGCAAUCCCGAUGUGCAAGAAAAGUUACGAGAAGAAAUAACUACGGUUUUAGAUAAACAUAAUGGGAAAUUGUCUUACGAAGCACUUAAAGAAAUGAAAUAUUUAAAUAUGGUGUUCGACGAAAUAUUGCGAAUGUACCCGUUAACAAAUGGGUUAAUAAGGAACGUAAGCAGAGAUAUCAAGUUAGAGGGAGCAAAUGUUAAUAUUAAUCAGGGGACGGUGGUUGCAGUAUCUCCGUAUGCAAUUCAUCACGACGAGAGAUAUUAUCCAGAUCCCGAGAAAUUUUACCCAGAGAGAUUUUCACCAGAGAAUGUUAGAGACAGACAUUCGUGUGCUUUCCUGCCUUUUGGAGUAGGACGUAGAAGUUGUUUAGGUUUACAACUAGGAAAAAUUCAAUUCGGCGUGUGUGUUGCAAAAGUGCUCUUCAAGUUUCGCUUGGAGACUUCCAAGAAUACUGUAACCACCAUAAAAUUUAAUCCUAACAGGGUCUUACUUACCCCAGCUCAAGACAUAUAUGUGAAUUUUGUGCCCACUUAA